AUGCAUGGAGGAGCCGCACGAAGGCACUAUAUAAGGCUCCACUAUACAAGAGAGCUUCAGCUGUCAGAAAUGCAAAGUGCUCUUCACAAUUUCGCCUCUCGACCUUUAUUUAGUGUUUGCUUUCAGGUAGCAAAUGAACGCUCUGUCGCUCUCAAUCCGUUUCCUCGUGACAAUUGUACGUUGUUCUUCGAUAAUCCUCUGAUAAUCUUUUCGAUACCAUCUGGAAUGGUAUACAAGCCGUUUGUUCAUAUUGGGUUGCAGCACUCGGACCUUAAAAAACAAUCCUUGCAUGCUAAGGAAGCAACAACAGGAGCGUCAGGGCCAAAAGGACAGCGUAGAGCCUCCGAAAUUACUUAG